AUGUCUGUCACAAUUAAAGAGACACUUUACAUUAAGCCCACCAGGCCAACGAAACAUGUUGAAAUUCCGCUUUCUAAUUGUGAUAUUAUCUUGCCACCAGUUUAUGUCGGGCCCAUUUAUUUUUUUAAAAAUGUUUUAAAGAAAGAUGAUUUUAUGAACAUUCAAAAACUUUUAGCAUCACUUGGGGAUGUAUUAAACGAUUAUUAUCCUCUGGCUGGUACACUUAAAAGUGCGCCUAAUGGUAGUUAUAUCAUCGACUGUAAUGAUCGUGGCAUUCAAUUUAUCAUUGCUGAGUGUUCUGACAUUACAAUCAAUCAACUUGAAGAAAAGAAUUGGGAACAUGAGGUUAUUCCUUACGGAUUAUUGGAAUCAGAAAGAUUUGCUACUAAAAUUGAUUCAAUCCUAUGUACAAUACAACACACUACUUUUGUUGAUGGUUCCGUAGCCCUUGGUUUUGCCAUACAUCAUUAUAUCAUGGAUGGUACUGGUCUUUUUACUUUUAUUAAAAAUUGGGGGCUAAGAACUCGUUUAGAACCAAUUGACCCACCUAUCCAUGAUCGAAGUUUGCUAAAAGGAAGUGGUAACCCUUCUACAUAUGUUCCUGACGAAUAUUUCUUAAUGGAACCAACUGAAAAUUUUUCUUCAAAUCUACAAAAGAACCUUAAAAAUAUGCCUUCAUUAACUACCAAAAUUUUUCGCUUUAGUCAAGAUGAUCUUAAAAGGUUACGUGAUUAUUAUUCUGUUGGUAUUCCUAAUGGGAGUUGGAUUUCAACAAAUGAUGCACUUGUAGCUCACUUUUGGAGGACACUCACUAGAGCUCGAAAUAUUGAUUUAAACACUGAAGUAUUUUGUAGCAUUGCUCUUAAUGGACGUGAGAGAUUAAAUCCACCUAUUCCAAAAACUUACUAUGGAAAUGUUGUUUUCCAAGUAUGUCCAAGAAUGCUUGUCUCUCAAUUGAUUAACGGUCCACCAUCUACAGUAGCACUUCAAGUUCGAAAAGCUAUUACAAAUAUGAAUGAUAGUCGUAUGCGAUCCAUAAUUGAUUGGAUUGAACAACAACCAGAUAAAUCAUUGAUUACCGCAAGUAUUGUGUACAAUGGCGAGACUUUUGGAAUAACUAAUGUGUCAAAAUUUCAAAAGUAUAAUUUAAUAGAUUUUGGUGAUGGAAUUCCUGCAAAACAGAGACGUCAUCGAGAGUUUUUAGUUGAUGGGCUUUAUAUAGUACAAAGUACUGAGAAUGAUGAUGGAAUAGAAGCUUUCUUUAGUUUACAAACAGAAAAAUUGAAAAUCUUGGAGCAGGAUCCUGAAUUUAAGAAAUUUAUUGUUUCAUAA